AUGCUCUUUUCGGUAUCACUGGCGGAGAAAGCAGGGGAGAAAGGGGUGGAGUCAUUCAGUCUCUAUCCUGGACGACGGGAGACUGGCAUUGGAAGGCAUUUGAAGCCAGAAGAAUGGGUCAAGGCUGGAUGGAAACAUCAGGAUGGGAGCAUCAACGAUGACCCCAAGCUGAACUGGAGAACAGCCAGCCAGGGAGCUGCUACCUUGAUUGUUGCGGCAUAUAAUCCAAGCAUUUCUGACAAAAACGGUUCGUACAUGGUCAAUAACCAAGUAAAUAACGGCGAGGCGGUCGACUACGCUUUGGACCCGAAAAAUGCGGAAAAGCUGUGGAAGCUGAGCGAGGAGAUCGUUGGCCAGAAAUUCGAAUACUAA